GGCGCAGUCUGGCAAAGUGAAUGCAUUUGGACCACCAGCUAAUAUAAGGCACAUCUCCUAAGACUGCCAUCCAUUCUUAGAUGCAGUUGACCAUGCGGUCAACAUGUCAGAUCAGAAUUAUCGGAAGCCAUUAUUCCUGGCCCUUGCCGGGGCCGUUGCCCUCACUGCGGCCUACUAUACCUACACGCAAUAUGCGAAACCUUCCCGCACAGAACGCUCCUCUCUCCAUCGCAGCAAUGCCAUUCGUAGGCCGAGAAACAGAAGGCGCUGGCGUCGCGGCUUCGAACAAACAAACCUCGAUUAUGAUCCAGUCGGGCGAGCAAUCGACAGUCUGCAAACUCGGAACGCAAGCAGAGAAGGAUAUGGAGAAUACGUGAACAAAUGGUUCUUUCCUACACAGGCACACAGGCCACUGCAAGACAUGACGCUGAUCCCGUGUAACUUGCCCUAUAUCAACGACUACCUCUUGCAACAUUCUCCGGCGCAGUUGUCCCCCCACCAACAUGAAUAUCUCCUCCUUCAUCUCCACGGGUGUUUUGUGCAGAGGUUCCUGAAGGAGGAGUUCCCCGAAGGUUAUAUCAUUGGAGACGAUGCGUGGAUGCUGGCACAGGCAAUGGAGCGCGAGGGAGUCUUUGCGGAGGCUGUUUUCCAGGUGGCGAAAGCUUUUGACGAGGGGCGAUUCACUCUCACGGAUGAGUGGAGUCCCCUUGCUGCUCCUCGACAAAGUCCCAGAACUAGCCCUGUACAGACUGACGGUGCGAUGGAACAAGGUGGUUUAGCGCCUCGCGAGGCACUUCAGGCGCUCGCGGAUCCUGACGACGCACAUAGCGACAUUUCAUCCGGCAACAACGAGGAGGACCCUGAGGGGAGCCAAAACAUGCUCGACCUUCUUUACCAUAUCGCUGGCGAGCAAGCACGACGAGAAAGCUAUAUCCACCGCGGUGUCGAGUGUAACAGCUGCGGCAUACACCCCAUUCGAGGCAUCCGCUAUCAUUGUGCAAACUGUUUCGACAUGGACCUCUGCGAAAGCUGCGAAGCCAGUUCUGCACAUGGGAAAGGCCAUGUCUUCUACAAGAUCCGGAUCCCAGCUCCUUCACGAGGAAACAUUAAACAGGUCGUCCCGGAGUGGUAUCCUGGCAACCCGAGCGCUUUUCUCUCGUCUUUGCCGACGAGUGUAUCCAAGCCAUUGCUCGAGGAGACCAGAAUGGAGCGUACCGAGAUGGAUGCUCUUUACGAGCAAUUCAAAUGCCUUGCAGGACACUACUUUCCUGGCGACCCAACUGGUUUGGGAUGUGCCAUUGAUCGAAAGGGAUUUGAUGCAUAUUUCAUCCCUUCGACCGGAGAUAAACCUUCUCCCGCAAAUUUGAUUUACGAUCGAAUUUUUGCCUUCUAUGACACCGACCAAAACGGUCUCAUCACCUUUGACGAAUACAUACGCGGCCUUGCUCGCCUGCAGGACAAGAGCCGAUAUGCCAGGCUCAAGCGUAUCUUCGAGGGGUACGAUCUGGACUCGGAUGGCUACGUGGACCGUAAAGACUUUCUUCGCAUGUUCCGGGCGUAUUAUGCAUUAAGCAAAGAGUUAAGUCGGGAAAUGAUUGACUCGCAAGAAGAUUUUGGAUAUAACGAAGAAGAAAUCCGAGAAGUGGUUCAAGGCAGCCAACCUAUCAGCGCUGCGUUUGGUGGCGGCACUCUCUAUGGCCACGAAUCCAGGAACGGUCAGGGUAAGCAACGCCAUGCGAACGGAGAUCUGCAACUUCCCAACGGCACAAAUGGCGUCCUGCAGCCGGACGGUGACAUGAGCGGAGAUCGGGCACGGGCUAUCGGGAACGCUGCACUUGGCGGUCGGACUAGGAACCAUCCUUUCAGAUCGUUCAGACAGGAGCCUCCAGAGGACGAACCGCUGAUGAUGCUCCCAAUGGGAAGCAAUUUCAUGCAGUCAGGCAUGGAGCAGGAGGAGGUAACCGAGGAAGAAAUCACUGGUCCCGAUGCACCGUUGCAGACAUAUGCUUGGCCCCCGGUGCGGACUCCAGAUCCUCAGGAUAUCAACGAGGCACUUGGACAAGCGGUGCCGUUGGAUGAUAUAACAGACCCCGUUGACAGGACCAGAGUCCUCUUCGCUCAAUCACAGCGCCUUGAUGCUGAAGGCGAUCGGGCCGAGGAAACUUCACGCGCCAGGGCCGUUGAAGAACGAUGGCGCCGCCGACAAUUCUAUCUCGAUCGCGAGGAAGGUUUGACCAGACCACCAGGCUACACUGAACCCGAUAGUUCAGACGACGACGACCUAGCCGAACCGAAGAAGAAUGGGCACAGCGAUAUCAGUCCUCGGAGAGCAUCCAUGGCCUCGAGAUCCUCGUCCAAGGUCCGCUUUGAUGAUAGUGCCAUCGAGGGAGACUACGAAACCCGUUCAAAUGCUUCAUCUCGAAGCAUCCCUGUCAACGAAAGAUGGGGCGGCUACGAGCUUGGCCAGGCUGAAGCAGACAUCGGCAAAGACAUUCUCUACCAAGCUGUGCAACAGGGAUUCAACGAGUUGCUCGAUGUGCUGUUCAAGGACAAGGAGAACGAGCAUAUGGAAGCAUCUCAGACACGUGUGGAUCGGCAUUGCUUUGAAUACGAAAGAGCGAAGUUCGAGGAUCUGCUUGAUGAACUGGAAAUUGAAGAGGAUGAAAUAGAUGAAGAUGUGAUUGAGACACUAAGACAGAGACAAGAGGAGGAGAAGGAGCAGAAGCAACUGGCCAUAACUGACGCUGCAACAAAGAUCAAACUGGGCAAUGGAAGCCUAGUUCCCCAGGAUUCCGAAGAUCAUAUAGGGCUGAUGUUCGGUUCUCAAGAUUUGUCCGGCCAAAGGGUGACUGUGGGUCUUUCCACUGCAACAGCCGAAACAAAUGGAGUCUACCGUGAUCCAACGCUUCCGCAGUUUCGACCUGACGAACCGGAACCGCCAACUAUAUCCUCAAGUGGGAGAGUGGCUCCUUGUCCUCCUGGCCCGGUCCAGCGGCCAGGUCCCUUUGCAGGUGAUCCGGAGAAGGCUCUCAAGACGUAUUACCUCUGGCUCCGGCACGACGAGAUCGAUGAAGAAGAAGAACGUCGUGGCGGCCCCGGGAAGCUCAGCUUUGCAGAGUUUCAACGCAAAAUGGUGUCCAAAGAUGAGGCCAUCAACGCUUUGGGGGACAAGGACGAGAGCAAAAGCGACAGCAAAGACCGGGAGAUAUGGGAGAGCAGUGCAGACCUAGGAAGACUGGCCUUUGUGGGUACUUGGCUGGAAAUGGCCAGUUUCUAGCUGGGUGUUAGCUUGGUGCUGGAGGGCGUGGCCCUGCUUUAUGUUUAGACUGUACUACCAACUCCACGACGGCAUGACGAGGCAAAAGCAUGAUACCCAAGGAGGUUCUCGAAGGAAGGAAGUCCCAUUUUUCCAUAGGACCAAUAUUCCGUGUAGAUUUAAUAGGCCGGACCAUUCCAAGUGUUUCUACGCCGUCGUGCUUAGAACCUUCGAA